UCAACAUCUUCUCCUGCCCUCAGGAAACGCCAUCCAAGCCUUUGGCAACGGCACUGAUGUCAACCUCUCCCCCAAGAACCCCUUGCCUCCCAUCACCAUGCCGCCCAAGAUGGAGAAAAGCCCUGCCCUGCCCGAUGACAUCAACGACAGCAACACCAUGUACGACACGAGCAUCAUCACCACCUGCACCUCCAUCCAGGAGCACGGACAGAAACUAAACAAGUCCAAAGAGCAGAGCCUGUGCUACUCAGAGACCCAGCUCACCACGGACACGAUGCCGGACCAGAAGACCUACGUGGACCAGAAGGCAGCCGGCAGCCAGCACCGGGCGGCCCGGAUCCUUCCAGCUGUGCCCGUCCUGCUGCUGAAACUGCUGCUAUAGGGACGGGACGAUUGCCGCAUCUCAGCUCGGGAGCGCUGGGCUCACCUCGGUCUCCAGACUGCAAGCGGAACACCAGCGAUGCCCAAGGCCAGAAGGACCCUCACAGUGCUGGGAAACUUUGGUGGUUUUCUUUUUUUUUUUUUCUCCUUUUUUUUUUUUUUUUUUUUUUUGGCUUUUUUUUUUCAUUGGACGGCGCGUUGGGUUCCUACGCUCAACCGCGAGCCUGGCAUUUUGUGGCAAAACCAGGCACCCACAAAGGGGAACCAACGCGGCCAGCGGCACCGGGGAGGGGAAAAAAGGCAACGAGCGGAGCUCUGGGGCAAGGGCUGUCUGCAGGGCCACCAGCCCAGCGUGCUGCAAGGACCCAACGGGGACACGGGAUGUGCUGGCAUCGCCAGAGCACAGCGCUGCCAUUGGGGCUGCGUUGGCCAUGGACAGCGCUCCGCCGCCCUACGGCGUUCCUGGGAUUCUUUCCUUUUCCUUUCCCGUGGUCGGUGAGAAUUUUAAAAUCAGAAAAGAAACCAGUAUUCAAACGGUGUGAGGUUGUCCUGAUGUUUUCUCUCUGUCACUCGGAGG